AUGCCUUAUGGAGACGCUGUUGAAGUCUUGAAAAUCAUGGAAGGUAAAGCAUUGUUCAAUCAUAGUCAAUAGAAUAAAAGAAGGUUAGGGAACUCGAUGCAGACAUCAUAUGCCAGACAUAAAGGCAAAGCUAUCGACGAGAAGGACUAUUCAAUCAUAGUCAAUAGAAUAAGACAGACACAAUGAGUUUGCUACACUACUCUUACACACAGACAACUUGAUAACUCUAUCAUGUUGUAAACUAUUCUCUCUAGAGAUCCAGUAAGUGUCGUCAACGAUGUUGGUAUCACUUGAACUAUAGUCAAUAGACUAAGAAGGUCAGGGAACUCGAUGCUGACACAAUAGAUCUCAUUGUCUAUGUUUUUGUCUUGGUUUAUGCAAAAAAUGGUCGGUUCAUCGUCACGUGUGUAUUGUUUUUUCGCCCAACCAACCAAUAGCAGUGUUUUCGUUUAUUUACCUAGUCGUGAUACGAUGAACUGGGUAUUUCUUGCAUAAACCAAGACAAAAACAUAGGUAACGAGGUUUAUUAUGCCUCGGCAUCGAGUUCUCUAACCUUCUUAUUCUAUUGACUAUAGUUCAAACGAUGCCAACAUUGUCGACGACACUUACUGGAUCUCUAGAGAGAAUAGUUUACAACUGAUGGAGCUAUCAAGUUGUCUGGGUGUAAGACCAGUGUAGUAAACUCAAAAUGUCUAUAAUCUUUCACUACAGGUAGAGAAGUCCCCAAAAGUUGGCAAGGGACAUUAAACAUCCCUUACAAACUCGGAGAUGGCGGCCUCAAGAACAACACUGUAAAAAUAACAGUCAAUGUCCCUAACAAACGACAGAAUGUGUACAAUGUCAUAGGCACUAUAUAUGGCAAAGAGGAGCCGGAUAGAUGGGUGUUGAUAGGGAAUCACAGGGAUGCUUGGGGAUUCGGAGCAGUAGAUCCAUCGAGUGGUACAUCUGCCAUGAUGGAAAUUUCUCGUGGUCUGGGCGAACUUUUGAAACAAGGUGGAAGCAAUAGAUGAAAGUAUUCAUAUAUUAUUAAGUUAGGAUUGGAUACUGUGCUAUGAAGCUAUCAAUGAUCAUAAUCAUUGUAACUAUUAGUCCAUUACCAUGAUCACUAAAAUCACAAUUAGCACACACCAUUAUAAUCACCACCAUCAUCACCACCAUCAUCAUCACAAUCACUAUCAAAAUCAUCAUAAUAACCACCAUCCCCAUCAUCAUCAUCACCACAAUCAUCACCACCAGCAUUAUCACCAUAUAACAUCUCUUAUUCUUCUAAAGGUUGGCGCCCAAGACGUACCAUCAAAUUCUGCAGCUGGGGGGCAGAGGAAGCAGGCUUUAUUGGCUCAACAGAAUGGGUAGAACAAAACGAACGAGCGUUAUCAACAAAAGCUGUCACUUACAUAAACGUCGACAGUGCUGUUGAUGGGAAUCUCACACUACAACUGUCCGGCUCCCCCCUGCUAAAGUCUCCAAUCACAAAAAAUGUAAAAGAAGUGAAAGACCCUCACGGGGGGAAUGUAUACGAACAAAUGGUUAAAGCAAAAAAGGAAUUUACUUAUAAAAACUUGGGAUCCGGUUCGGAUUAUGCAAGUUUUUAUCAAUUUGUUGGUAUGUUUAUUAAAACUGAUAGAGCUAUCCAGCGGAAAUAAAGUUUGUUUAGUUUAGGUUUCCUCCUGUAGUAACACUGGAUCAAUAAGAGAUGAUCCUUGCUAGACCUCUAGGAAGAACAGUUUAGAACUGAUAGAGCUAUCCAGUAUAAAUAAAUUUAGUUUAGUUUAGGUUUCCUUCUGUAGUAACACUAGAUCAAUAAGAGAUGAUCCUUACUGGACCUCUAGGAAGAACAGUUUAGAACUGAUAGAGCUAUCCAGUGCGAAUAAUGCUAGUUAACUUAGUUUAGUUAAAGGUGAUCUACAGUCCGUAUGUAGACAAAGCCUUUGUUUACAUUUUUGUGUCCAAAACAUUGAGCUUUAUUCGACAACUAUUUAUAUUUUCAAGCUUCUAUAGAGUAUAAUAAAUGAUCAAGAAACAACAAUCAGGCUUUUCAAGAACUUAAAACAUAGUUAAACUGUUUGUAUCAUAAAAAGUGGGCUCAUUUGUGCACAUGCGCAGGUCGGACUGUAGAUCACCUUUAAGGUUUCCUUCUGUAGUAACACUGAAACAAUAAGAAAUAGCUCAUACUGGACCUAGAACUGUUUCUAACUUAUCGAGUUAUCCAGUAUAAAUAAAGUUUGUUAAUUUCGUUAACUAUGCUUGCUUGUAAACAGUUUUCAUGUUCCACAGGAGUGCCAUCCUUGGAUAUGAAUUACGCUGGAAAAGUGUACUAUCCUGUCUACCACACCGUCCACGACACAUAUAAAUGGCUUCAAGGUCUGAUCGACCCUAAGUUUGUGUACCACCUAACUACGGCUAGAGUUGCCUCGAAACUCCUCAUGUCUACAGCGGAUAGCUUCGUGCUGCCUCUCGAUGUGACAGAUUAUGGAAAGUCUCUGGAUAGCUCUCUUGAAACGUUGAAGAACAAUUAUGGUGCCGAGCUUCUAAAAAAUAAUGUCAGCUUGGUGUAUAUUGAGGACGCAAUUGAAAAGUAAGAUUUGAUAAAAAAUAUUCUUACAUUUCAAAACAGUUUAGAAAGAAGUGAUAGAGCGAAUAGUUUAGAACUGCUAAAGCUAUCCAGUAUAAAUAAAGUUAGGUUAAACGCCAGCCAAAUGAGCAUGAGCGUUGAUAAGAGUUGCAACUAUUGUCUGACCGCCAUCAGCAUUCACAACAUUCUUCUUUCUUUGUCUACAGAUUCAAAGACGAAUCAACAAAAUUCCAAGCUGAGAAAGGCACAGCUAUCGACAAGAAGGACGACAUCAAACUUCGAGCUCUGAACGACAGAAUGGUCAACGUCAAAAAAGCCUUCAUCACUGCGGCUGGUCUGCCUAACCGACCAAUGACAAGGCACGUUAUAUUCGCACCUUCAGUCAACAAUGCAUAUGGUAGCACCAGCUUCCCUGGGAUUUCAGAUCUUGUUGUAAAACAGAAUAAGACGGAUCAGGAUUGGCUGGAUAUUAAGAGGCAAACAUCCAUUGUGUUUAAAGCGAUUUCGGAUGCUGCUAAUACUCUGAAAGCUGACGCGAAUUAG